AUGCAUCCAAACGUCCCCUUUCCCUACGAUACGCGGAACGUGCCAUUUAGGAUGCUUUACUCCUCAUGGAGCUUUCUCAGAUACAGACUGCCAUUCUUCGUCAUGUCGCUGAUCGUACCAGAAUGGAUCCUCUCACUGGCCGUUCAACAGUGGCUGGCCACGCGCAAGAUCAUGAAAGAAGGAGGCUUCUACGCCUAUAGGGUUCAGCAGGGGCAAUUCGAUGAACCAUGUUACCCUUUGAGCCCAGAAACAAUGAUCGAGCUCGUCCGAAUGAAACAUAUUCAGCUACCGACGGAUGAAGAAAUUGAAGAUCGGAACAAGAGCAAUUGGCUGGCCAAGAUAAUCGUGCUGAUCCAAACCGGCUGGUUCGUCACCCAAUGCGUCGCUCGAGGAGCAAAUGAUAUGCCCUUGACUGAGCUGGAAAUCGUCACGCUCGCUUAUACGAUUGUAAACUUUGGAACCUCUUUGGCAUGGUGGAGCAAGCCUCGCAAUGUCAGCUGGCCAAUACCCAUCCUGAUGCCAGGAGCAACUCCACUGCAGCAGGGCGACAAGAAGAAUGACGUCGAGGGCAUGUAUAACAAGGACUGGGAGAAAGCAGCUCGAUGGCUCCUUCCCGGCUUUGAUGCCGACAUUGACGUCGAGAGCCGGAAGGCUGUCCCAACAUUUUAUUCUGGCAAAACCUCCAAGACAACAGGGAACUGGGCAUUGUCUAAUUUGGCAAUCUUGAUCGCCGGAAUCGCUUUCGGUGGCAUACACUGCCUUGCAUGGUCAUAUCCAUUUCCAUCUCGCACCGAGCAAAUCCUCUGGCGUUACUCAGCAAUCGUGAUGAUCAUAGUACCUAUAGUACUCUGCUUGAGUACCGUAGCGGUACUCGUCAAGAGGAAUUACGAGAACCAAGGCGACAUGCUUUCGUCCGGCUGCGCCGAUGCGAUUGCUCGCCCUCUUUUUUAUAUCAGCCUCUUCCCUGGUGCAUUCAUGUACGUGUCGGCUAGAGUCAUAACUUUGUUUUUGGCGUUCAAGACACUUGAUGCUCUGCCGGAUGCAGCAUUCAGGACCGUCCCUUUCACAAAGCUUAUCCCUCACGUGUAG